AUGGGUUCUGAUGCUUCACAACGGCCUCCGAAUGAUAUGGUCAAUUUUGGUCUUUUAAAUUCCGCUACUGCGUCAACAUUAGCCCCGCGAUUGGGCAAGCUGGCAAUCGCGGGCAGGAAUGCUAUCCUUACGCCGCACUACAUCCCAUUGACGUCGCGGGGAACUGUACCACAUAUCGCGCACGAUGUCAUGCGCGAGCAGACUGCAAUUAGCGGUUUGUAUUUUGGUCUAGAAGAUUUCAUAGAAAAGCUGCAGAAGAAAGGAUGCCCACCGGUCUACAAGACGCCAGCUGCACCGAAUGAGUCGCCCCUGCGCAACUUUGUUUGCCUCCCCGAAGAUCCUGUACUGGUUUUGGGCCCACGUCGCGUGCCUCCGCUCGCCUGUCCCGCAUCGAAUACGCCAAACUCGAUUGCUGUGCUCACCACCGUUGGAUUCGCACAACUGGAGACUGGUCAAUAUGUCGAAGCCGUGCAGAAAAUGCGUCCAGAUAUUGCGGUGGGUUUGGCCGAUUUGGUCUUGACCCAUCGGCCUGGGACGAAGAGACAAGGGAAGAUGGUGGAUAGGACUCAUGCGUUCACUACGUAUUCUACGGAGCAGCUUUAUGGGGAUGCGGUCUCAGAGGAGAAUCGCUCGAAGACAGCUUACUUUGCUCCCAUACUACCAUUGGACAAUGCGCAGCAGACACUGUAUUUGGAAGACCUGGAAGACGAACUCCGAAGGUACAUUUCCGGUCUUGCGUUGUAUGAGUCGGCAUCGCUGUCUGUCGUUCCCGAAUCUUUAGGAGAUCUUCCCCGGUUGCUCUUCAGUGAACCAGCUACUCCACAUGACAUCUUGCGCGAAGUCUCCCUUGGCGCUGACCUUCUAACAAUUCCGUUCUUGGGUGACACCUCGGAUGCUGGCAUGGCCUUGGACUUUGUCUUUCCGCCACCAUCUGAUGCCCCUGCCACAGAACCCAAACCGUUGGCGAUUGAUCUAUGGGCGCCUACUUUCACAACAGACACAGCGCCGCUCCAAGAAGCAUGCCAGUGCUACACGUGCCGAAAUCAUCAUCGCGCAUAUAUUCACCAUCUUCUGUCGGCGAAGGAAAUGCUGGCUUGGUCUCUCCUCCAUCUCCACAAUCUCCACACGAUGGAUAGUUUCUUCGCGAAGAUCAGAGAAAGUAUCGAACAGGGUACUUUCGAGUCGGAUGUUCAAAGAUUCCAGCGCACCUAUGCCCCUCAGCUACCUGAAAAAACAGGCGAGGGCCCAAGAGUCCGUGGCUACCAGGCCCCAAGCAGGGGACCAAAUGAACCUCGCCGCAACCCUCGCGCAUAUGGUCGCUUGGACAUCAUAGAAAAGUUUGCCGAAUCGCAAUCCUCCGUCGCUACCCCGGACACGGGGGCCGAGGGGCUUGAGGAACAUGGGUUUGCCAAGAAGCUGUCUUCCUAA